CGGCUCAGGGGCCGCCGUGGCCGCCGCGGAGCCAGGCUGCCUCCAGAGAGCGCCCGGGCGCAGAGAGGUUAACGGGCCGCCGGGGCCACGCAGAGCAGAGUGCACUCCCUCCACGUCCAGAUGCCUAAGUAGUGUGAUUACUUCCAGUCCUCUCCUCCCUUGCCCCAUCAAGGAGGAUCGAUGGAGAAGUGGGUGGGCAGGCCCCCCUUUGGUCUGAUGCUGCUUCUGUCCCUCCCUCAGCUCUGCCUAGAUCAGGAGGUGUUGCCUGGAAAUGCUCUUCAAACACCCCCUGAGGAAGGCCAGGGCCCGGAGGGCGUCUGGGGUCCUUGGGACCAGUGGGCCUCUUGUUCCCAGCCAUGUGGGGUGGGGGUGCAACGCAGGAGCCGGACAUGUCAGCUCCCGACAGCUCAACUCCACCAGGGCCCACCCCUCCCAUCCCGGCCCCCAAGGCAUCCAGAAAUCCUGCUUCCCCGAAGUCAGGGCCCCAGACCCCAAACUCCCCGAGAAACUCUCCCCCUGUACAGGCCACAGCCUCGGGGAAGAGGUGGCCCACUUCGAGGUCCUGCUUCCCAGUUAGGGAGAGAGGAGGCCCAGGAGACUCAAGGAGCCAGGAGAUCCCGGGUUCGAGACCCCAUCAAGCCAGGAAUGUUUGGUUAUGGGAGAGUGCCCUUUGCUUUGCCACUGCAUCGGAACCGCAGGCACCCCCAGAGACCGCCCAGAUCGGAGCUCUCCCAGAACUCAGAGCUUCUUCCAUCCCUGACUCCAGGAGCAGAGCCAUCCUCUACAAACCACACCCCGCAAACUCAGUUCCCUCCUGUGCAGCUGUCUGCUCACACCCCGCCCCCCCCAGAAUCCCUGGGCCCUGAGGCUGCUCAGACAGAGGUGCCCUCCAGAAAAAGGCCCACCUCCACAUGGCCCCACCCCAGGGCCCAGGCCUUUGGCACAGAGCCACCCUCGUUCGCCCCCUCCCUAGGAGAAAGUGGCUCCUUCCAUGUGUCCCCUCAGCCAAGAAUGCCCAGUUCCCAGGGUUGGGCCAGUCCCCGGGUGGCAGAGAGACACCCUAAUCCUUUCCUUUCUGUCCCUCGGGGCCAAAGCCAGCAGAGCCGGGAACGCUGGAGACCUGGGGGGAACAGUCACAGAUCUCUCGUGGAGGCUGCCCCUCACUACCCUGACGGCUGGCUGCCUCUGCUAAGGGCUGGCCCCCACCCCAGCCCCCAGUGGAGCCUCUUUGCUCCCAGCAGCCCUGUCCCCAGGUGUCCUGGGGAGAGCGAGCAGCUGAGAGCCUGCAGCCAGGCGCCCUGCCCCCCUGAGCAGCCAGACCCCCGAGCCCUGCAGUGUGCAGCCUUUGACUCCCUGGAGUUCAUGGGCCAGCUGUACCAGUGGGAACCCUUCACAGAAGUUCAGGGCUCCCAACGCUGUGAACUGAACUGUCGUCCCCGUGGCUUCCGCUUCUAUGUCCGUCACACUGAGAAGGUCCAGGACGGGACGCUGUGUCAGCCAGGAGCUCUGGACAUCUGUGUGGCCGGACGCUGUUUGAGCCCUGGCUGUGAUGGGAUCCUUGGCUCUGGCAGGCGUCCAGAUGGCUGUGGAGUCUGUGGGGGUGAUGAUUCUACCUGUCACCUAGUCUCCGGGAACCUCACUGACCGUGGGGGCCCUCUGGGCUAUCAGAAGAUCCUAUGGAUUCCUGCUGGAGCCUCCCGGCUCCAGAUCGCCCAGCUCCGGCCCAGCUCCAACUACCUUGCACUUCGAGGCCCUGGGGGUCGAUCCAUCAUUAACGGAAACUGGGCUGUGGAUCCCCCGGGGUCCUACACAGCCGGCGGGACUGUCUUCCAGUACAACCGUCCUCCUCGAGAGGAGGGCACGGGGGAAAGCCUGUCAGCCGAAGGCCCCACGACCCAGCCUGUGGAUGUCUAUAUGAUCUUUCAGGAGGAAAACCCAGGUGUUUCUUAUCAGUAUGUCAUCUCUUCACCUCCUCCAAACCUUGAGAACCCUGCCCCAGAGCCCCGUGUCCCCCAGCUCCAGCCUGAGAUUUUGAAGAUAGAUCCCCCACCUGCUUCAGCACCCCGUCCCACCCGGACCCCCGGCACACUCCAGCGUCAGGUGCGCAUCCCCCAGAUGCCCGCCCCACCCCACCCCAGGACACCGCUGGGGUCUCCAAGUGGAUUCUGGAAACGUGCGGGACACUCCGAGUGCUCGGCAUCCUGUGGCAAAGGUGUUUGGCGCCCCAUCUUCCUCUGCAUUUCUCGUGAGUCAGGAGAGGAACUGGAUGAACGCAGCUGCGCUGUGGGCACCAGACCCCCAGUCUCCCUGGAACCCUGCCAUGGCCCCCCGUGUCCCCCAUACUGGGAGGCUGGUGAGUGGACGUCCUGCAGCCGCUCCUGUGGCCCGGGCACCCAGCAUCGCCAGCUACGCUGCCGGCAGGAGUUUGGGGGGGGUGGCUCCUCAGUGCCUCCUGAGCGCUGUGGACACCUUCCCCGGCCCAACAUCACCCAGCCCUGCCAGCUGCGCCUCUGUGGCCAUUGGGAGAUUCGUUCUCCGUGGAGCCAGUGUUCUGUGCGGUGUGGGCGCGGCCAGAGGAGCCGGCUGGUUCGCUGUGUUGGAAACAAUGGUGAUGAAGUGAGCGACCGGGAGUGUGCGUCAGGCCCCCCACGGCCCCCCAGCAGAGAGGCCUGUGACAUGGGGCCCUGUACUAUGGCCUGGUUCCACAGCGACUGGAGUUCCAAGUGUUCAGCUGAGUGUGGGACAGGAAUCCAGCGACGUUCUGUGGUCUGCCUGGGGAGUGGGGAGGAAGCUGUAGUAGGAACCAGUGAGCAGAGCUGUGCCCCCGGAAGCCGCCCCCCUGACAUGCGUGCCUGCAGCUUGGGGCCCUGUGAGAUGACAUGGUGCUGGUACACAGGGCCCUGGGCCGAGUGCUCCUCAGACUGUGGCUCUGGCACACAGCGCAGAGAUGUCAUCUGUGUGUCCAAAUUGGGGACUGAAUUCAACGUGACUUCUCCUAGCAACUGUUCCCACCUGCCCAGGCCCCCUGCCCUGCAGCCCUGUCAGGGGCAGGACUGCCAGGACCGAUGGUUUUCCACUGCCUGGAGUCCGCUGGGGUCUCCCCAGUGUUCUCGUUCCUGCCAGGGUGGCGUGCAGACAAGGGAGGUCCAGUGCCUGACUGCCAACCAGACCCUCAGCAUCCGAUGCCCUCUUCAUCUGCGGCCCUCCAGGAAACGACCCUGUAACAGCCAACCCUGCAGCCAGCGCCCUGAUGAUCAGUGCAAGGACAGCUCUCCACAUUGCCCCCUGGUGGUACAGGCCCGGCUCUGCGUCUAUCCCUACUACACAGCCACCUGUUGCCGCUCUUGUGCCCGUGUCCUGGAGCGGUCUCCCUCCGAGCCCGCCUGAAAUGGGUUCUCUCCUCAUGGUUUCUCAUGCCACCAUCAGUCACCCAUCAAUCAGCUCGCUUUGUACCCUCUGGCUCUCCAGCUUGUCCUAGUCUCACCAGGGAUGUCCCCCAGGGUGGCUGAAGGUGGCAAGAUGACUGACAGCGACGAUCAAGACUUGUAGUUGGGUUGGUGUGGUGGUGUGAUGGUGUAUGUGCACAUAUGUCUCCAAACGUGUAUCUGGGCCUGCAUGGGUGUGUGCACUCAUAAGUGUGUGUCACUUCUCACAAAGUUAGACUGAGGAAGGGGGAGGGGAUAAUGCCUGUUUCCCUGAGACUUUUCUAGGCUGGGAGGAAAGCACGUUUGUGGCUCCUGAGUAUCCCAGCUCCUUAGUGACUGCUCCCCCCCCAUCAAUUCCAACUUUGUUCCCUAAACCUCAGUUCUCAAGGUCAGGCCUCCGCUCUUCUAAACUACCUGUUUGUCCUCAGACCCUUUCUCCUCUUAGCUAAUCUCUCUAUCCCUUCCUCUCACAAUUACUUAGCUAGGGGUGGGGGUCAGCCACUGCCAACCCUGCCUUACCCCAGAAAGAGCGAGUAACUUCCCAGAACAGGGACCAGCUGGGCAGAGGAUGGAAAGAGAAAGGUUACAAUAAGGCAACCUAACCCCUGCUCCCCAUCUCCUGAAAUGGUUCCCACCCCAGAACUAAUUUAUUUUUUAUUAAAGAUGAUUAUGACAAA